CCGGAUACAGAUUCACACACACACGGAAGUCCAGCUUUUCCUAAGUAAAGAAAGAAUCCAAUCAGACGACAAUUAUGACUCGGCAUGGGAAAAACUGUACGGCUGGUGCCGUUUAUACUUAUCAUGAGAAAAGGAAGGAUACGGCGGCCUCUGGCUAUGGCACACAGAGCGUGCGUUUGGGGAAGGACGCUAUAAAGGACUUCGACUGCUGCUGUCUGUCUCUUCAGCCCUGCAGAGAUCCCGUUGUAACACCAGAUGGCUACUUGUAUGAAAAAGAGGCCAUUCUAGAGUACAUCCUUCACCAAAAAGCGGAGAUCGCCAGGAAAAUGAAGGCCUAUGAAAAACAAAAGCAGGCUCAGAAGAGCGACAGUCAACUGGAGUCUCGCUCUGGGGAGAGGGAGAGAGCAGAGAAAUUCAAGAAGAGUGAGGGCAGCAUUGUGUCCAAGCCCAUCAACCCAUUCACCACAGGCCAGUCCCGAGACUCAGAGGGUCAGAAUGGUUCUGCUGGGUCAGCAAGCACCUCCAGUGCUGGCUCUUCCUCCGCCGGGUCUAGUUCUAGUUCCACCCUCCCGAGCUUCUGGAUCCCCAGCCUGACGCCUGAGGCGAAGCCCACCGUAUUAAAAAAGCCGGUGAAGACAGUACAGUGCCCAAUGUCAGGCCGACCUCUGAAGCUCAAUGAGCUGAUCACAGUGCGGUUCACGCCCUUGGACCCUAGUCUGGACAGAGUGGCCUUGCUCACACGGCAAGACAGAUAUGUGUGUGCAGUGACCAAAGACACGCUGGGGAACUCGGUACCCUGUGCUGUGCUCAGACCCUCUGGGGUGGUUGUAACAAUGGAGUGCGUGGAGCGACUGAUACGGAAGGAUAUGACUGACCCUGUGACUGGAGACAAGCUCACAGAAAAGGACAUCAUACCACUGCAGAGGGGAGGAACUGGCUUUGCAGGCUCUGGAAUUGAUCUGAAUGCUAAAGAGGCUCGUCCUGUAAUGCAGGUGUGAAAGAGACAUACAAGUGUACAAGUGAGGAUUACGAAUCACUGGAAGGGGGGUAGGGUUAAUCUGUAUAUAAUACCAUUUUGUAUUGCUCAGAUGUGGAGGGAAGUUAAGCCUGAAUUAUAUAAUGAAAUGAGUUCGUAAUGUGAGGAAGUGAGAAUCGCUGUUCUUAUUUGUUUUUGUCUCAUGCAUGUGCAUCUUCACACACACACACACACACACACACACACACACACACAAAGUUGCAGUCAGAUAUUAACACACCCAGUGAAACACAAGGACAGACAGGUAUAUCUGUAUCCAAACAGACUGACCUAGUCUCAAACACAAAACACACUGGUAGCCUAAUGGGUAUAUUCCCACUUGUUGACAUGUUUGUACAUUGUUUUGUACCUGAUAGAGAAAUAAACUUGUGUAAAGCCGUCUAUUCUUU